UUGUUUGUAAAUUCACAGUUCAUGUUAGGAGUUUAAUCGUUAACUAGUUCCAACGCAAUUUGACAAUCAGGAAUUAAUUUAACCUAAUGUUGCCCCACUGUGGAAAAAGACCGUAGAAAACAGCGUGGACUGAGGUACGGGGGGAUUAAAGAUUUCUCUCCUUAGGCAAUUAUCAUCGUUAUUAUCGUCGUAUCAUUACCACAUCACCCAGACAUUUAUCUCGCAACGUGGUUAAUUACAUCACUGAGGAGCUUUCCUCCAAGCUGAUGAGGAAUCGUUGAAAAGUGUAGCAGAAGUCGUGGGGAAGAUACCACGGAAGUACCAAGCUCGGUACGUUAUAUAUGCUUGGGAACGGUUGGAAAACACCGUCGAGAUUUGGGAAAAACAAGAUUCUUACAAGCGUGAGCUUGGAAAUAGCUGGAGAACUUCCACUAGAAUUCUGCAUACGGGUUAUCCAGCAGCACUUCAUGACGGAAAAUGGUUCCAGAGACUUAAACACCAUGUAUUCAUUCAUGUUCAAAGUGUUAACCACAAACGACGAAAAGCAACUUAUUUUCGCAACAAUCUUCACACUUGUUGACCGUUGUCCAAGCAAAGACAAAGUUUUCGAGUUUCUUCAUCGUUGGUGUAGCAAAAUUAUGAAUUCGGGGAGUCAGAAUUUACAAAAUAUGCAGCCGUUUGCGGACUACUACGACAAGCAAAUUUCACCCAGAAGCCACUAAAGCGUUUCAUCUUUUUAUUGAACACGUCAGGACUAUUGAAGAUCUUGGAGUGCAAGUGUGUUUGCAGUGUAAAGACGAAGCGAAACCUGUGCUUCCACGUGUGGACAUCGACGAAGAAAUGGAGAUUUAACCUCACGAGCCGCCACUGUCUGACAUUUAAGAAAAUUUCACUAACUGACGUUCAAACUUGACCCCAGAACUGCCAAAGAAAACAAUAAAUGCCAAAAUGGGUACCACCAGCACGAAAAAAACGCCUUAUCCGUAACUAGACACUUCCAUUUCGCCUUAUCACAUUCCUUUUCAUAAGUCAAGUUGAAUACCAUAACAAUUAGCUACAGGUGCGAUAAGUAUAAACACCUCUAUGGUACGACCACCGAUAUCGUUUAGUACCAAUUGAACACUCACAAAAACCAUGUUCUUGCUCCUGCGGUACUACUUCGACUUCGUCGUCGACUUCAUUUUCGCCUUCUACUACAAAUUUAUGUGGAAAAUCGAGAAAAUCCAGCCACCUAAUACCAAAAUCGUCCUCGAAGGCGCCUCAAGCCUCGCCCGACAAAUCAAAACCCGCCAAAUCACCUCCGAGGAAGUAGUACGUGCCUUCAUCACCCAAAUCCGACAAACCAACCCCAUUUUGAACGCAGUCGUCGACGAUCGCUUCAGCGAAGCCAUCCAGGAAGCCCAAACCAUCGAUAAACAAAUCGCUAGUGGUACCAUGUCUGACGAGGACUUCCAACGUCAACCACUCCUAGGUGUCCCUUUCACCGCUAAAGAAGCCAUUUCCGUGAAAGGUUUGUCCCACACUUUGGGACUUGUCAGCCGGAAGUCUCACACCGCCCCGUUCGACGCCGACGUCAUCCUGCUACUCAAACGCGCAGGCGCUAUCCCGUUGGGUGUCACCAACGUACCGCAACUCAACGGCUGGUCCGAAACCAGCAACCCUGUUUACGGUACCACCAACAACCCCUACGAUACGAGGAGGACCGUGGGGGGAUCGUCGGGCGGCGAAGCCGCCGUCGUGUCGGCUUGUGGGUCCGGGUUUGGGGUUGGUACGGAGAUGGGUGGGUCCGUGCGGCUGCCAGCUUUCAUGUGUGGGUUAUUCGGGCACAAAACCUGCAGCCACUUGGUCUCGUUAAAAGGGAUCAUGUUUAAUACCCAAGAUAGAAAGAUGGAUAUGGCAAGUUUUGGUAUUUUUGUGAGGACAAGUGGGGAUAUUGCGCCCAUUUUGAAGGUCAUGGUGGGGGAGAAUGUACGUAGACUUAACUUGGACGAUAGGGUGGAUUUGGAAGGAGUGAAGGUCCACUACGUGCUGGACCCAGGCGAUUUUUUUGUUAGUCCGUUUAGGGACGAAAUGACCCAACUGAUGUUGAAAGCCGUCGGGUACUUGAAAAAGGUACUCCCACAAGAACCUCAUCUGUUGACUAUUGAAGAAUUGAAGUACGGAGGGAGGGUUUGGUUCCCGCUUUUGAACCGCGCUCUUGAUUGCAAUUUCAGAAAGGAUUUGACGAACCGCCAAGGGGUUGUUAACCCUCUUAAAGAAAUAGUCAAGUUUGUACUGCGCCGGAGCGACUUUAACGUGUUCGUCAUGAUGGGUCUCUUAGCGGACGUGGCACCAAAGGAGAACCUCAACUGGGCUAAAGAAGUGGUUUCAAUUUUAAAAAACAAGCUCUUGGACACCUUGGGGACUCACGGGGUACUUUUAUACCCGUCUGCCCCCUUCCCCGCGAGUUACCACUACGCGUCCCUUUUCAGACCCUUCAACUUGAAUUUGUUUAACGUGUGGAACGCUUUGGAUUUCUGCGUUACUCAAGUGCCCAUGGGUUUGGACAAACACGGGGUGCCUUUAGGACUUCAGGUGGUGGCAGCUCCGCACCAGGACCACUUGACCAUCGCGGUGGCGGCCGAACUUGAGAAGGCAUUCGGGGGUUACGUACCACCUUUUGAACUUAAACAAUAA